AUGAGCACCAAACUCCACAUCGCCUCCAUCAGCUGGCUCCUCGCCUCUCUCGGUCACACCCUCGCCGCCAAGGACUGGCAAUCCCUCCCCGAGUUCCGCAAAUUGCCCGGCCUCGCCUACACAUGCGCAAAAGCAGGCUGGUACCAGGGUAGUGCUUUUCUGCUCGUUGCUGCGCUGCUGAACUACCACUGGGCGCAGAAUCCCGAGGCGCUGAGCUUACCUGCCAAUCAGGGCGUUGCGGCGUUGUUGGCGGGGAUUAUGGGGGUGAGUUCGGGGUGGUAUUUGAAGAAUGGGGUUCGGAGGACGGGGAUUGUGGUUGCGGUGAUGGGGGCGGUGCAGGCGUGGGCUGUCUGGGUUUGA